AUGUCAAGUAAACAGAGUGUAGUUAGGGAGGCUUUCGAAUUUCCUGUUGAUGGUAUCCCUUCUCAGACUUUUAAAGCCAAGUGCAAGACAUGUGGUUCUUUCAUAUCUGGAUCCCUUAAAGCUACUUCCAACUUCCUGACUCAUCUGCAGAGACGGCAUGCACAUGUCCUGACUGGCCUGAAGGACAAGAAGGGGAAGCUGACUGAUGAACAACCCAGCUUGGACACCUUCGUGGAGACAGAACAGAAGAAGUUUUCUUCAAGUGACAGCCGACAACAGAAGAUCACAGACAGUCUCACGAUGUUCAUCGAUCGAUCUCUCAUGCCACUGUCCAUUGUAGAAAACUCCUACUUUAGAGACCUCCUUCACUGCAUGGAACCAAGGUUUGUCAUUCCAUCUCGGAAACAUUUAACUUCAAGUCUCAUCACCAAGAAAUGUGAAGAAAUAAUUCUAGCCAUGAAACAGGACUUUGAGAAAACUGAGAGUGUGUGUGUGACAAUUGAUCUGUGGUCAAGUCGACAAAUGAGAGGAUUCAUAGGAAUAACUGGACACUACAUCAGUUACUGGCACUUGGAGUCCGUCACACACGGGUGUAAGCAGUUUACAGGCCGACACACAGCUGAGAAUAUCCUACAGCAUUAUGAAGAAACAAUUGCUACCUUCAACCUAAGCAGUAAGAUUACAAACAUUGUAACGGACAAUGCUAGCAACAUGAAGAAAGCCUUCAGAGUCGACCUGCCAGGUUUUGUGGAAGGAAGUCGAGAUGAAAGAGACCAGGAGGAAGAUGAGAGCGACAGUGAAGAAGAAAGCAUGUCAGAAGACAAGGUGGACACAUCAAAUGCUUAUGACUACAUUCCAGAGCAUCAGAGCUGCUUCGCCCAUACCUUAUAG